UUUCGGUCUGAAAAUUCGAAAGCAGUGGGGAAGAAAUGCUGGACCUAUCACAGAGAUGCUAACAGACAGCCUAUUACAGUAUUUAAUAAAAACAGAAGCAGCAUGCCUGUCAUAGGCUAAUAAAUCCUCCCUCCUGCACGCUUUUAAAAACAGUCUGAACGGGCUUCCACAGAGCUUCAGAGAACUAAUCUUAAGCAUGGCUGUCUAGAGUGCCCGUCACUCCUAUUGUCCUUCGAAACUCUUGCAGACAUUUUGAGCGAGGAGUAUUAAAGCCAUGAGUUAGCGAGGGUGUGACAUCAAUGGUCCACAAAGGCUGCCAGCACGAAGGGUAAAGAUGAGUACCGGCGGCUGUGUGGAGGACUGUACGGGAUCGCUGUCAUUAAAAAUUAAGCUUGUCUUUUGAGGAAGAUGUGACAACUACCGGAGUGAUUUAUUUGAUCCUGUAUGCUGCUUGGGAACAGUCUGCGAGGCCGUGUUUAGACAACUCAAGGUCUUUCUACCAAUCCCCCUGGACUUCCACCGUGAGGAAAGGAGCUGCAGGACCAACAUCCUCUAAGAUGUUUAUAUGGACCAGUGGCCGGACCUCUUCAUCUUACAGACACGAUGAGAAAAGAAAUAUUUACCAGAAAAUCAGGGACCAUGACCUCCUGGACAAGAGGAAAACUGUGACAGCACUGAAGGCUGGAGAGGACCGGGCUAUCCUUCUAGGGCUGACCAUGAUGGUGUGCUCCAUCAUGAUGUACUUCCUGCUGGGAAUCACACUGCUGCGCUCUUACAUGCAGAGUGUGUGGACAGAAGAAGCCCAAUGCACUCUGCUGAACGUGUCCAUCACAGAAACAUUCAACUGUUCCUUCAGCUGUGGGCCUGACUGCUGGAAGCUCUCUCAGUACCCUUGCCUACAGGUGUACGUGAAUCUGAGUUCUUCCGGGGAGAAGCUCCUCCUCUACCACACCGAAGAGACCAUGAAAAUCAAUCAAAAGUGUUCCUAUAUUCCCAAGUGUGGAAACAACUUUGAAGAGUCCAUGUCACUGGUGAGCGUCGUCAUGGAAAACUUCAGGAGACACCAGCACUUCCCCUGCUAUUCUGACCCGGAAGGAAACCAGAAGAGUGUCAUCCUGACCAAACUCUACAGCUCCAACGUGCUGUUCCAUUCACUCUUCUGGCCGACUUGUAUGAUGGCCGGGGGCGUGGCAAUCGUUGCCAUGGUGAAACUCACUCAGUACCUCUCCCUGCUCUGUGAGAGGAUCCAACGGAUCAAUAGAUAAAAGCAAAAAAAAAAAAAAUCAUGGAUAAGAUAUUUUUCUUUAAAGCUCAAAUACUGUUUUCUUUCAUUCUUCACCAAAGAACCUUAAGUUUUGAAUGUGCAGUCUGUUAUGGGUUCCUUAAUGUAUUAUUCUAAGUAGAGCAAUAACGCAAAUGCUGUCCUAUAUGCAAACAUGAUGUCCUUAUUAUUCAGGAGAAUUAACUGUUCUUUGUCAGUUGGUUGUUUCAUUAUCUUGUUUUGAAGCUGGAACUAGGCCAUCCUUCCCUUCCCAUCAGAAUAGGGCUCAGCUACUCAUUGCUAAGUCUUGUGGGGGGAUGGAGGCACUGUCCGUGACAAGGUCUGUGCUCCAAGUUUCCAGACCUGUUGAAGACAAGAUUUUUCUUCAUUUGUUGUUUACUAAAGCUACAGCCAAAAAUGUGUUUUUCUUUUCCUAUUCUACAUUGAGCCCUGUAGCAAGUGAAGGGGUGGUUUCCUGACUAAAGCGUGUUAAACAUUUUGUGUGUGUGUGUGUUUUUACCAUAGUGCUGUAAUGAAGAGAGGAAGCCAGAUAGUUUUAUUUCGUUACUUUUUACUCACAACUUCUGAUUUUUUAAAUGAUCUCCAGUUCUAUAAUGUCUUCCAAACAGAGCCCUUUUCCAUCUACGACCCUGCUACUGUGUGGGAGAGAACAGUGGUUCAUUUCCAGUGAACUGGCUGGGGGUGGGUAGGUAUUCCAUUGCAACGGGGAAAAGUCUAUGUUGCAAAGAGAAUUAUGUGAAAUCUUAACUCCACUUCCACUGGACUGUUAGAGGCAAACAUCAACAUGCUAAAGACUGGUGAGUUGGUGGGCAAUGGGUGAGUCUGUUGUGGCAAAUUAUCAUGUUGGAAUAUUACUUUGUGGGAAUUUAUUUCAGUAAGUGAAUGUGCAGUCUCUCCUGAAAAAUGUUGUCUGUUGGGGUUUUAAAGCUAUGUAUGCAGAAUCGUUGUCUCCUCUACAUAUUUUAUUUUUCUAUUCACUAUUCCCUUUUGUUGUUAUAUUUUAUAUGCAGAACAGACUCUUUCCUAACACGUUUGAAUUGAAUAACAGGUUUAAAGGAAGCCUUUCUUCACACUGAUGUUUACUCAUUCUAUUUGCCAGGGGAUGAGGGGUUGGUUUUAAAUAAAGGCAUUCCAUCCUUUAUUUAAUAUCAAUAUCUAAAGGAGAAGACAAGCAUCUAUCUUUCUCAUCUAUAUUUAAGUACCCUUUUGUAACAUAGUAUUGAUGUUUUUUAGGUAAUUGCAAAAUUUUACAAAUCAUUUGUGGAAUGAAUGGUGAAACGAAUUCAAGAAAGCAGAAUGUUGUAAUUCAUAGUCUGACUUUUCAUAAGCAAAUAAAUGCCUAGGGUGUAAUCAGGA